CCCUGUCGAAGGACGAGGCUGGAAUCAACACCGGAAUAUAGCCAACUGUGAAGAUAAAACGAGGACACCUUUGCCCCUCUGGAUUGACUAACUGGUUCCGAUUAUUCACUCGGUCCAACAGGAGACCAUCCAAUUAUCGAAGUAUGAUUUCGAGAACAUUGCUAGUGACAUUACUCGUUUCAUGCAGUCUGGGGGAAGCGUUCGUUGGGGCACCAGCGUUGCGGCCAUUUCUGCGGGCUGUCGACGGAUACGGCGUUCCUGUAAGCGCCAGGCCUGCCAAACGCCGCCGGCGCAAAACCGCUGAUCCCGAUUCUCCAAGGAGAACACCAAUGGACGAUAGCAACGGUAGCGACCUUCCCGAAUUUGAUUUGGGCGACGAUGUUCAGGAUACGAACGCAGCCCCUUCGAUGAAGAAAGGUGCCAAACCUUCGAGCAUCAUGAGUAACGAUCCCUUUGCCAGCGAAUCUAUUUCCGUCAACAUGAUGGGGUCUGCCAGCAAGAAUACAAAAUCCGUCAGUCAACUCAUCGCCGACCGGUCCCUGGAACGGAAGCUAGAAUUUGACGCAGCAGAAGCAGACGAAUCGUUGCCGGAUUUGGUGGAGCUCGGCAAAGCGUCCCGAUCCGGAGAAGAUGCACCAGUUGGCAAAAAACGGGCUCGCAAAGAGGCACGAAUUGCCGUUGCAGCAGCCGCGAAAGAAGAAAAAGAAGAAAAUAGUAUUUUUAGCGUUCUACAAAAUCUCCCGUUCAUUACCGAGAACGGAAAAAUUUCGCCUUUAAAGCUCUUGGAAAAUGGGACAUGGACCGGUAUCUUCCUUCUCGUGGCAUGGGAAAUAUACAUCAAUACUCCGUUGUUUGACCGAGCAGCACCCAUGACACCAGUGGUUUACUAAUUGUGUAGUUUACAGCCAUGAAGCUAACCGUCAGGAACUGCUUUCUUCC